AGGACGCAGGGCUGCUCCAGCAGGCACAGUGCAGAGCCGCGGUGUCACUCCUCAUUCAGAUACCGUGUCUGAAGGAGUAAGCAGAGAAAGACAUGAAAACGUGGCAGGUUUUGCUCCUGUGCUUCGCCUUUUUCAGUGCGGCUGUGCGCUACGGGACGUGCUUAGAAGAAGAACUGACGGACUCUGUGUUUGGUAACUUUCUCGACCCUCUGAAAGAUCUGCUGCCCCACAGCAAAGAUGACAACAAUUCUACCGUCGCCAAAUUCUCCCUUCGCAAACCAUCACAUCCCGAUGACGACCUGUGCUACAUCAUCCCUGGAAAUCCGGAGUCUUUGGCAACCUGCACCUUCAACAGCACUUCAAAAACUUUCCUCGUCAUCCACGGGUGGACGCUGAGUGGCAUGUUUGAAAGCUGGGUGCCUAAGCUGGUGUCGGCGCUGUAUCAGAGAGAACAGACGGCCAACGUCAUUGUGGUGGACUGGCUCAACUCGGCUCAGAAUCAUUAUGUGGUCGCAGCUCAGAACACCAAAGCGGUGGGACAGGAGAUCGCUCGCUUCAUCGACUGGAUGGAGGAAACUACGAACAUGCCUCUGAAUAACAUCCACCUGAUUGGCUACAGCCUCGGGGCUCAUGUAGCAGGGUUUGCUGGCAGCCAUGCGACCAAUAAAGUUGGAAGAAUUACUGGUCUGGAUCCAGCUGGUCCCGACUUCGAAGGCGAGCAUGCACACAGGCGCCUCUCCCCUGAUGACGCUCGCUUUGUGGACGUCCUCCACACCUUCACUCGCGGCUCCUUGGGCAUCAGCAUCGGGAUCCAGCAGCCUGUCGGACAUGUAGACAUUUACCCAAAUGGAGGCAGCUUCCAGCCGGGGUGCAACCUGAGAGGGGCUCUGGAGAAGAUUGCCAAUUUUGGAAUAUUUGCCAUCAGUGACGCUGUGAAGUGUGAACACGAGCGAGCAGUCCACCUGUUCAUCGACUCGCUGCUGAAUGAGCAGGAUGCGGCCAAGGCCUACAGGUGUGGCAGCAACGAGGCGUUUGAUCGCGGCAUGUGUCUGAACUGCCGCAAAAGUCGCUGCAACACAGUGGGCUACGAUAUCAGCAAGAUCCGCAGGCCGCGCAACGUUCAGAUGUACACUAAGACACGAGCCUCCAUGCCCUUCAGAGUUUACCACUAUCAGCUGAAGAUCCACUUCUCCAGUAAGAUGAAUAUUUCAGAGAUGGAGCCGUCAUUGACAGUCUCGCUAUAUGGAACCAAGGGUGACGCUGAAAACUUGGAGCUGAAGCUGAAGGGGAACAUUGUGGCGAAUAAGACACACUCGUUCCUGCUGGUGACGGAAAAAGACAUUGGUGACCUGCUGAUGUUGAAGUUUAAGUGGGAAGAGACGAACGGCUGGUCUGUGUCCAGCAUGCUGAAGAUGGUUUCCUCAUGGUGGUCCGGCAACUCUGAUGGCUCCAGUAUGGACGUUCACAAAGUCCGAAUCAGAGCUGGAGAAACACAGCAAAAGAUGGUGUUCUGCAUUAAAGACCCUGACGCUCACAGCUUUAAACGGGAGGUCACCUUUGUUAAAUGUAAGGACGCAUGGAGGACAAAUUCAAAAAGAGCUCCAAAAAGAGUAACUCUGGACAACCACUGACGGCGAAGACACUGUUGAACACCCUGCUGCCCUCGCCAACACCUAACAGAUAAACCCUUGUAUACAGCUGUACAUUAACAAAACCUUUACCAUGUUGUAGUUAUCCACUGAGGAUUGUACAGUAUAAACAAAAAACAAAACAUGUAUGUGAAUAUUGUAUCAUAUUUUGUAAAAAGAUGUUUUUAUGAAGCACACUGUAACUUUGCUGUUGCCAUUGUCAAGCUUUUGACUGGAUUUUCCAAAGUUGUUAUGGAGGUACUGAAGUCUUUUACGCACCUGCGUCAAUGUGUGAAGUGACCAUUGUGAAAGAUAAAUGCAGUGUAGACUGCAGAUCCUAUUUAAGAGAGAGAUAUAAUAUCAAAGGUUUUUUUGUUUUGUUUUGUUUUGAAAAAAGGUGUUUUGUUCAGUGUGGUACUAUUUAAUUACACUAUCUUAGCACUGCAGAGACUAAGCAGGCAUUCACUACUGAGGCUCUCAGUUCUAUAAGCGACUGUGGGACCUGAAUCCGUGUGCCUUCCUGGAAUUACACCACUAACGGUAGUAUUCUCAUCUCCAUGGGUUUCUUGUUUUUCUCCAUCAGUUUCUGUUACUCCUGUUAUUUUAUGAAGUGUUGAAUGGAAGCAUCAGCAGAAGCUGUUGUUUAAAGUGCUUUCGCUGAAGUUUUGUGGCUGCGCCUCUAAAAAAUGACAUACAUCUUACUCUGUUGCUUCAAAGAAGUGCCAGACAUAAUUAAAUUAUUGUGGUCAUUUUUUAUGAGUAUCUGAUGCUCAGUGUGAGGUAAAAGACACAGCUCAUGUCAGUGUUUUUACUCUGCAAGUGAUGUCUUUCUAAAUAUAAUGUCUACUAUGCAUAAGACCUUUUACAAAUAUAUUGUUUUAUGUUCAUUUACUCAAUGUGACAUUUCCAGCUUGUUGAGCAAUAGCUAAACCUCAGCUGUCUAGAGAUCGGUACUGUAAUCAUUGUGACUUUAAAAAAGUGGAAAUGUUUUACUUUUGCACUGAAAAUAGAGGAAGAAAUUGCUACACCAAGUUACUUGUAUAGCAAAUGUAUGUAAAUACUAUUAUAUGUAUGUACACACACACACACACACACACACACACACACACACACACACACACACAUAUAUAUAUAUAUAUAUAUAUAUAUAUAUAUAUAUAAUCUCAUGAAAUAUGUUGUAAGAAGUACUAUUAGAAGUACAUGUGUUUUUAAAGAUGAAAUUAUUUUAUGAAAUUUUCCUCUGUAAUUCUUUGUAUAUAUUUGUAAAUAUGU